CUCUCCCUUCCCUUUUAGCCUUGCGGCGACGAGUGGUUCGCAUGCGCUCCCAGCGUCGCGGCGUCGCUCACAGUCAGUGAACGUGCAAGACACAUUCACCGACAGCCAACUCGUGUGGACUUUCAAGUUCGCGUCUGGAGCCUGUGUCGAGAUUUCAUUUCGCGUGUGGGACGGUACGACGUAUUUACUGCACUUUCAUCGACAUGAGCUUCAGGAAGGAGUCUGUGUGCCCCCUUUCUACCGAAAACACGGUGACGGACAGGACAAGUGACGGCUACCCGACCGGUAGCUCAGGUACCGGAGUGUACCCAUUUGCCUUGGUGCUAAGGCUACGAGUUCUGCAGGUGGUGUGUGGCAUCUCGGCGCUGGUGAUGGGCGCCGUCGCAUUCAUUGAGGAGCGGGGCGACUUGAAUUUGGCUUUCGCCGUUCCUGCAGGAUGCGCCACAGUCCUGGCGGCAGCUGCAAGCAUCCAUACAAGCAGGGGGUUCAGCGGCUACCAGCCUUCCACGUGUAGAACUAGCUCUGCACUCCGGUUUCUGGGUCCGUCUUUACGUGUGGCGGCCCCGCUUGCUGUCCUUUGGGCUGUGGCUUGUUCUCUUCAUGCAACACUCGUCUUCCACGCCAUUCGGACACUUGCUGGCACCAGCGAGGCGAAAUCAGAGCUCAGUGAAACUGUGGUGGUGCUCGCUGUGACGGAGCUGACCCUGACGGCCAUCACCAUACUAGCUGUCCUCUUCAUUCUGCGCAUAGACUGCCGGUACGAUCCCGACUGACCCUGCGCAGGAGGUGGCACGUUCGACUACCAGGGCUCAGGGGCCGGUACAGGCGUUAGCCUCGUUCCGCUGGCUUCAACGUCUUCCGACAGAAACAGCAGUAAAGUUGCAGGGACCAGCCCAGAGAGUCACAAGGCGAACAAAGGCUCAAAGGAUGAGCAGCGUCGUAAUUCAGAAGAAAAGAGCCGUAGUAAAAUGUCAACACCUGGUAAUCAAACUUCUCAAGUUGGACUCGUAAAAUCUACGCAGCCCAGUUUUAUGGCUUCCUCUGACGAGGCACGUAGAAAGAGUGACGGAGUUUUAAUACAUCAGAUAUCAAUAUAUGUUGAUGAAGAAAGCGUAAAUACGGCGGAGACUAAGACAACUGUUUGAUGCUGUUUAAUAAGAAUAAAGACACUCCACGAGGCACGUAUCAUUAA